UUAUGAAAGCUGGAAGCGGAAGUCAUGUGCCGCGCCGUAGCCGUGUCGAUGUCUGGACAAAUAACGGAACCGGGGCCGUGCCGGUGCGGCCGACUGCCAGGAGAAGGCUGUUUGGCCGACACGAGUUUUGCCUAAAGUGUUAUGUCUGGAAAUGAGUGUCCGGGUUUAGAGUCCGAGAACAGGAAGAAGAAGAAGAAGAAGAAGAGGAGGAGGAAGAGGAAGAGGAAGAAGAAGAAGAAGAAGGGCAGUCCUCGACCCGGAGACCAAACUGUAUUUCACUGUGCGUCAUGAUUUCCAAACGCAGGCCGCCGCCAGAUGACAGGGGAAACUUUACCGAAACCAGCGGCAGUUUGAUGGAGACGGAAUAACGCUUUAAAUGAAGAGAUGAAUUUCGGUGUCCCCGCAGAUUCCCUGCUGCUUUUCCGCGCCUGCGACGAGGGCGACUAUGAGACGGCCCGCGGGAUCCUGGAGCCCGGAGCCCCGAAAGAGUCCGGGCGGCAGAGCAGGCUGCGGUCAGAAGUGGGCUCGGAGUGCAGCGCUGCGGACAUGUUGUCUCUGGUGCCGGUGGACUGUACGGAUGAGGAGGGGAACACCGCCCUGCAGUUCGCCUCGGCCAGCGGCCACGAGAACCUGGUCCGGUUUCUGCUGCGGAAGGGAGCCUCGGUGGACAGCCGCAACAACUACGGCUGGACCCCGCUGAUGCAGGCUGCGAGGUUCGGUCACCUGACCGUUGCCCACAUCCUGCUGGAGAACGGGGCUGAGAUUAAUGGGCGCAACAGGCUGGGGGCCAGUGUCCUGACGAUGGCGGCCCGCGGGGGACACACUCAUGUGGUCAAACUGCUCCUGGAGAGUGGGGCCUACGUCGACGACGACGAUCACCUGGCAGCCGCAGCAGAGGCGGUUUCCAACGGCAACAACAACAACAGCUGCAGCGCGGCUGGUUUUGGAGGCGGUGAGGGUUGCCCGGAAGGAGGCGGCGGCAGAGAGUUCAUGGACAUCACCGCGCUGAUGGUGGCGUCGCAGCAUGGCCACGAGGCCACGGUGCUCCUGCUGCUGGAGUGGGGCUCCGAUGUCAACUUUUCCCAGAAGACCACCGGCUGGGGACCACUGAUGGCGGCCACCCUCAGUGGCAAGGUGGUUGUGGCGCAGCAGCUGGUGGAACGUGGAGCUGACCCAGACCGAGUCAACGUCCUGUCCAAGACGGCCUUUGAACUAGCCAUGCAGCUGAAACAGAGAGACAUCAAGGCCUACCUGGACUCCAUCACCACCGUCCGUCCUCAGACAGACGACGAGAGAAGAAGACCGGAUGUGUUCAGUGCCCUCAAGUUGGGAAACUCCCAGCUGGUUAAAGAAAUCCUGGAGGAGGAUCCCACGCAGGUGAAUUCAUCCAACCAGGAGGGAGCAUCGCCUCUAAUGAUGGCAGCGGUGAGCGGCCAGUUAGAAGUGGUGCAGCUGAUGGUGGAGAAGAAUGCCGACAUAGACAAACAAGAUGGUGUCCAUGGCUGGACUGCACUAAUGCAGGCCACCUACCACGGUAAUAAGGACAUUGUCAAGUACCUGUUGAGUCAAGGGGCUGAUGUCAACCUUCGAGCUAAGAAUGGAUACACAGCCUUUGACCUGGUUAUGCUGCUGAAUGAUCCAGACACUGAGUUGGUGCGUCUGUUAGCGUCAGUGUGUAUGCAAGUAGAUAAGGACAAGUCGAAACACCGCGGCAGAGCCUUGAUGACCCGCUCCAAGAGUCGACAGUCCCUCAGCAACGUCCCUGUGCCACCUGACGACAAGGGAGGCCUUAAGUCCUGGUGGAGUAGGAUGUCAAAUCGGUUCCGGCGCCUCAAGUUGACUCACACCCUGCGGCACGGCCUCUCGUCCAAUCGCCUGGCUCCGUUCCCCGAUGAUGCCGAAACUUCGCUGGAUGCCACAAUGAAGGCAAACAGAAAGCCCGGUGCCCUGUCUAAUGGGGCGCUGGCUCCGACCCCUGCCCUGGGGGGGAGUGACGUUAGCACUGCCUGGGCCGUCAAGAGCAAAGAUACUGGACUUUGCAGGACAUCCUCAGAAAAGGAGGACUUCCUAAUAACCACAAUGCUGAGAAGUGGUGCGCCCUUGACCCGGCUGCCCAAUGACAAGCUGAAAGCGGUGAUCCCUCCUUUCCUGCCUCCGUCCAACUUUGAGCCGUGGAACUCAGACCGUUCGCGCCGCCUCAGGGAUGGAAAGAGCGAAGCGCCUCGCCUGCCCAUGCCACCCCAAAGGAAGCUAAACAGCAGCGGGAACUCAGAUAUUACAUCCAUCAGUCGUGUGGUCAGCAGGUCCAUUAAGUUUCCCAGCAUCCCCAAGGGGCCCUCUUCCUCCUCUCCCUCCAACUCUGGUCACUACCACUCCCCCCACUCCUCCGGUGGCUCCAAUGGAGUGGCAGGGCUCAACCGGGACUCUAACAACCGCUCAGGGGGCAGUGCAGACAGUGUUCUCUCCCAGAUAGCAGCUCAAAGGAAGAGAGCAGCGGGCCUGAUAGAUGUGAAGGCCCAAGCUCCAGAGAAACAGCACAGCCCGACACAGAGCCAACCCCCACCGCCAGCCUCAGCACCCGGCCUGCCGCUGCCUGAUAUCAACCUUCCCGACAUCCACUCCCACCCAAGCCUGGUCGCCUCUGACAUCCACUCAAGAAGGAAGAUGGAGUUGAAGAAGAGACCUCAGUCAGGGAAUUCCUCCACCUCCAAGAGCACGUCGCCCACUCUGACCCCUUCUCCUUCCCCAACGCCCAAGCCUCCUACUGGGCCGGGAGACUCUCUGUCCUCAGCCUCUUCCCAUCCUCGCUCCAAGAGCAGUGGAGGCUCCAGCAGCGGGACCAUCACUGACGAAGACGAGCUGUCUAGUAUCUUGAAGAAACUGUCCCUGGAGAAAUACCAGCCCAUAUUUGAGGAACAGGAGGUGGACAUGGAGGCAUUCCUGACUCUAACAGAUGGAGACCUGAAGGAGCUGGGCAUUAAAACCGACGGACCCAGACAACAGAUCUUGGCUGCCAUAUCGGAGCUCAAUGCUGGAAAGGGCCGUGAAAGGCAGAUCCUUCAAGAGACCAUCCAUAACUUCCAGUCUUCCUUUGGAAGCAGCGCCAGUAACCCAAGACAACCAGGUGAACCACGCUCUCCAACAGGUUGGAUGAGACACCAGGUUCGUUCCCCCAACAAGAGGUAACCGGUGGCCCUGAUAUUCAUCAGGAAGUACACCGAAGGUACUUAAAAUAAGAGCAACAUGCUGGUGACCUCUAGCCAAGGCACAAGCAAUAUGGAGUUUCCUGGAGGCCAGUGUCCCAGACCACAGGAGGGCAGUGCAACAAAUCGACCAAGCGGGCCCUGAUAAUCUGUAUCGGACCUUCAAGGACCAAACUGCCUUCAAGUAUUCCUCUUGUGGAUCCUGUCCUAAGGCAGGGAAGGUGUGACCCAGGGCUGCCUGAGUCCAGCACCCUGCUGCAGUUUGAUGAAGCAUUUGUUGUGUGAAAAAUUAUAUUUUUUUGCCAUAGUGAGCCAGUUGGCUCACCCAGCGCUAAUGCAGCGCACGGGGUUGCAGGGAGAGGUUAGAGAGCAGGGAGUGGUAAAAGACAAGAAGGUCACGGCAGAGGGAGAGUGAGUGGGAGCCCAGCGAGAGAGUGUUUUAUUUUAUCAUUGAUCCGAGAGAUGUAUACAUGUGUAUUGUACAAGUGGUAAGUUAAGUCAGGGGAACAGAAGCCAGAGCUUAUGAGUUUCACAACGAAAUAAAAUAAAACAGGUAUUAGCGAACGAUACUGUGACGGGGACUUUAGAGCAAUUGAAAUGAAAAAAAAAAGGUGCACAGAUGAGCAUAGGAAAUGGUGAAAGACAAAGGGACAUUAGCAAAGAUAUUUUUUUAGUCAUCUAGCUUCUUGGACUUUUUUUUACUAAUGUGCUUAUGUCUUGAAUUUGCGGACCACUAUGUAAACAAAUGAUUUUCAGUCUGUGCUGUCAUGAUGAUGCAAUAAGUAAAUGGGUUUGUUUGUU